AGACUGCGGAAUUGAGAAACUGGAUGGGUUUGGGGCUUUGUAAAUAGUUACAACAUGCAGUAUUAUUUUCAAUACAUGUUCUACAUGGUACCGCUAUAUUGUUGCUUAGCCCUUCAGCUUGAGCAUUCCUGCAUCCUCCCACGACACGGAUGGAAUGGAUAUUGAUUUCUACAAGAUUUAAUCCAUAAAUCUGAAAUGAUGUGGAUUCCAACUGAAGAUGAAAAAUUCGGAGUGGUUAUAAGCAGUUUUCGAAGUUCGGUCAGUCAUUCACUGGUUUUGGAGCUCGGAGAAACCGUCCAAAUCCUUGAAAAAUAUAAUGGUUGGUACAGAGGCGUUUCUACCAAAAGACCAACACUUAAGGGCAUUUUUCCUGUCAACUAUGUGCACUUAAGGAAAGCAACAGUUACCAACAGAGGGCAGUAUGAGACAGUUGUUCCUUUGGAGGACCCAAUCAUCACUGAGAGUACCAGUACACUGCAGGAAUGGGGAGUGCUGUGGAAACAGUUUUAUGUGAAGCACAAGAUGGAGAUAUUCCAGAAACUGCGUCAUGUGAUGAAUGAGCUAAUGGACCUGCGACGUCAGCUGAUCUUGGGUCACAUGACCCAGGAGCAGAGCCGUGAGGUCAAGCGCCACAUUACACUGCGACUGGACUGGGGCAAUGAACAUCUGGGUUUAGACCUGGUGCCAAGGAAAGAGUUUGAGAUGGUGGAUCCAGACUUGUUUAGUGUUUCUGACCUUUACAGGAUGCAUUCAUCCAACAAACUUUGUAGUCAAUCAAGUACAGCACAGGGCCAGCAACAUGGUGAUGGUUGGCGGAUGCCAAUUACUCAUCAUCUUUUUCUCAACCUAAAAAAUUUUACAUAUAGCAGCAUUGGUGAAGACAUAGAAGUACUGUUUAGUCUCUAUGAUGGCCAUGAGAGCAAAUACAUUAGUGAAAGAUUUCUGGUAAAGCUUAACAAAAAUGAAGGACCACAGAGUCUAGAAAAAGCGGAACGACUCUGUACACUUUUCACAGAUUUAAGCACAAAGGAUCUUAAAAAAGAACUCUAUAUUGUUGCACAUGCCAUCAGAACUGGUCGUAUGUUUCUAAAUGACUCAAAAAAGGGUCCUUCACAUGUGCAGUACAGACGGCCAUAUGGCUGCGCUACUUUGGCCAUGAGUGACUUUUUCAACUCCAUCACCGACCCAAAAGAGGAAAAAGACUUUGUGUUAAAACUAUACAUCUGUAACAGUGAAAGUGAGUGGUAUCAGAUCCAUGAGAGCAUCAUUCGAAAGUCCAGCACAAAGUAUUCAGCUCCAAGCACAAGUUACGGCUUAAUAGUAUCACUUCAGUUGUUUCGUGGUGAUCUAGAUGCUUUGCAAAGGGACAAUCAUAUGAUCUUUAACAGGGGUGUGGCUAUUACACGCAAACUUGGAUUCCCUGAUGUUAUUCUACCGGGGGACUGCCGGAAUGAUAUGUAUCUGACACUUGAGCGUGGUGAGUUUGAAAGAGGAGGGAAAAGUGUGCAAAAGAAUAUUGAGGUGACUGUGUACGUGUUAUAUGCAGAUGGAGAAACCCUUAAAGAAUGUAUAAGCGCUGGCAGUGGAGAGUCAAAUGUUAGUGAGCAUCGGUCUUUUGUGCUCUAUCACAAUAACAGUCCUCGCUGGAGUGAGAGCCUAAAAUUGCCAAUUCCCAUUGAGCGCUUUCGUGGCUCACAUCUACGCUUUGAGUUUCGACACUGUUCCACAAAAGAUAGAGGAGAGAAAAAACUAUUUGGUUUCUCUUUUACUCCACUGAUGAGGGAAGAUGGAACCACCUUGGGAGAUGAAUGCCAUGAGCUUUAUGUGUAUAAGUGUGACGAGAAUACUUCUUUUAGUAAUCAAGGCUUGUACUUGAGCAUGCCCUGCUGUAAGGCAGACCUGAACAGCUGUCCUGCUAUUCCAGCUUCAUUCCCCUUUCAACGCAGCAACAAGGAAAGCUUCUGGAUAAGCACUUUGCUAGCUUCCACAAGGCUCACACAGAAUGUGGAUCUUUUGACUCUGCUUAAGUGGAAAGCUAAUCCUGAGAGAGUUCUGGAUGCCCUAAGCCGCCUACGCCUAAUUAAUGGAGUAGAAAUUGUAAAGUUUUUGCAGGAUUUACUGGAUACACUAUUCUCUCUCCUUGAUGACAACAUUGACAAAUAUGGACCACUGGUAUUUCAGUCUUUGGUGUUCAUCAUUAACUUGCUCAGGGAUCCACGGUAUUACCAUUUUCAAACCGUUUUGGAUGCCUACAUACACAACCAGUUUGCAGGAGCAUUGGCUUACAAAGAGCUAAUCCGCUGCCUGAAGUGGUACAUUGAUCGAUCUGCUGAAGUUGUGCGCCAGGACCACAUUCAAGAUGCUAUGAGGGCACUGGAAUACCUAUUUAAGUUUAUAGUUCAGUCUCGAGCUCUUUAUUCACGGGCUACUUGUGGAUUGGAAGAAGAGCAGUUUCGAUCCAGCAUUCAUGAGCUUUUCCACUCCAUCCGCUUUCUGCUCAGCCUGGAUGGACGUAAUGCUGAGACACUUGUCUGCACACAGGCUGCAUUGUUGACCAGUUUUCCAGAUGUCUUUGAUGAGCUUCUACAAAUGUUUACAGUCCAGGAAGUGGCUGAGCUGGUAAGAGGGACACUGGCAAGCUUGCCCAGCACAGCAGACAUUGGUCAGUCCAUGGACGUGGUCAAACUCCAGUCUAUCUUGCGCACUGUUGACAGCAGACUGUUCUACUUUCCAGAAUCUCGAAGUAUACUGCUCCCGGUAGUCCUCCAUCACAUUCACCUACACCUGAGACAGCAGCAAGAGUUAAUACUGUGUGCCAGUAUCCUAAGCAGCAUCUUUUCUAUCCUCAACACCAAUGCCCAGGAGUCUUUCUGUGUACAGGAUGAAGUGGAAAUGAUGGUGGAGAGCUUAUUAGAUGUUCUUCUGCAGACUCUCCUUUCCAUCAUGAGUAAGAGCCAAGCAGUAGAAAACAGCAAGAAUCAGCGCUGUCCUCAGUGCACAGCAGAAAUAACAGGUGAAUAUGUGUCCUGUCUCCUGUCUCUUUUAAAAAUGAUGUCUGAGCUGCGUUUUCACCACCUGCUUAACAACUUUCACAGCAAAGAUGAACUUAAGGAGUUUCUGCAGAAGAUCUUUUGUGUAUUCCGAAACCUGAUGAAGCUUGGUGUGUUUCCAAAAGACUGGAGUGUUAUGAGGCUUCUAGCCAGCCAGAUUAUUGUGACAACAGCACAUUACCUGACCCCUCCACUGUACAAGACCUUUUCAGAUUCAGAUUUUGAUUUUAAGCUAUGGAACUCCUUCUUUAGUUUGGCUGUGCUAUUUAUUAGUCAACCGAGCCUGCAGCUUGAGUCUCUCAGUCAAGUCAAGAGGAAACGAAUACUGGACAGAUAUGGAGAUUUGCGAGUACAGAUGGCAUAUGAGCUGUACAAUAUGUGGCAAAAGCUAGGUAAUAACAAGCCUCACUUUACACCUGGGAUGAUGGGGCCCUUUCUAGAAGUAACUCUGGUUCCUCAGGCUGAGAUUAGGAACAUUAUGAUUCCUAUUUUCCAUGAAAUGAUGGACUUGGAACAGCGUAAAAAUGGCAACUUUAAACAGGUGGAGGCUGAGCUGAUGGAUAAGCUAGAUAGUACAAUGUCAGAUGGCAAAGGAGAGGAAAACUACAGAGAAUUAUUUGGAUUACUGACCCAGCUGUUUGGCCCAUAUCCAAGUCUGUUGGAAAAGAUUGAGCAGGAGACAUGGAGAGAAACGGGGGUGUCCUUUCUCACUUCAGUUACACGCCUAAAAGAGAGACUUUUGGAAUACAGGCACAGUGUGAGGGGAGAGGAUGCAGACAGUAAAAAGUUGGGAGCUAACAUUAUGAAUUUUUACAAGAAUGAGAUAACCAAAGAGGACAUGUACAUCCGCUACAUUCACAAGCUCUGUGACCUCCAUUUACAGAUGCACAACUACACAGAGGCUGCUUUUACAUUGCUGUUAUAUUGGGAGCUGCUACAGUGGUGUGAGCAGCCUCUCGGUGAACUCCUGCAGUACCCUGCCCAGAGUCAGUGGCAGCGAAAAGAAGCUCUCAGCCGAAAGAUACUGCACUUCUUCAACAAGGGCAAGUGCUGGGAGUAUGGGAUUUCCCUGUGCAGGGAACUGGCUCUUCAAUAUGAGAUACUAUAUGACUACCACAGCCUGAGCUGGAUACGAAAAAUGGAGGCCAGCUUCUAUGACAAUAUCAUCGAGCAAAAGCGUCUGGAACCUGAGUUCUUUAGAAUGGGCUUUUAUGGGCGAAAGUUUACCUUUUUCCUGCGUAAUAAAGAGUUUGUCUGUAGAGGCUAUGAUUAUGAACGUCUGGAGGACUUUCAGCAAAGGAUGCUGAUUGAGUUCCCACAAGCCAUUGUUUUGCAACACCCCAACCAACCAGAUGACAGCAUUCAACAGAGCAAUGCUCAAUAUCUUCAGAUAUACACUGUAACACCAGUGUCAGAACUGUCUAAUAGGCCGAUGAUGGACAAGGUGCCUGAGCGAAUCAAAAGUUUCUAUCGUAUUAACAAUGUUUCUCGCUUUCACUAUGACCGACCAUUGCACAAGGGACCUAAAGACAGAGAAAAUGAGUUUAGGAGCUUGUGGAUAGAGAGGACAACUCUGGUUCUGUGCCAUCCUUUGCCAGGUAUCUCACGCUGGUUUGAGGUGGAAAGACGGGAGGUGGUGGAGGUUAGUCCACUGAAGAACGCUGUUUACAUGGUAGAAAAUAAGAACCAGGAACUGCGCACCCUAAUUAGCCAGUAUCAGCAGCACCAUUACCAUGGCAACAUUAAUCUGCUGAGCAUGUGUCUUAAUGGUGUGAUCGAUGCAGCAGUGAAUGGAGGAAUAGCACGCUAUCAGGAGGCAUUUUUUGAUAAAGACUACAUCAGCAGCCAUCCUGAUGAGGUAGAAAAAAUCAACCAAUUGAAAGAGCUAAUGCAAGAGCAGGUUCACGUUCUGGGAGUUGGUUUGGCCAUUCAUGAGAAGUUGGUGCAUCCAGAAAUGCGUCCUCUACACAAAAAGCUGGUGGAUCAGUUCCAUGUUAUGAGAAAUAGUUUGUCUCAUGGUGCUGCUGUGCUUGAUAGGAUUUGUCCUCUUGGCAUGAGGAUCCUCCCAACAAGCCCAGAAAGCAGCCGAAUAAUUCACAAUAAUCCCAUCCUUCUGAACCCAGAGAAGUCAACGCCACUUCUGGACAUGGUUAACACAAGUUCCAUGGGUUCUCUUCGUCCUCCUUUGUCCCACCACUCCAACGAGGGUGGUCCAUUAAUGAUUGUAACAGAUGGGCUAAUAGACCAACCAGAGGAUUCUCCCCUUAUGCAGCCCAGCCCAUCAUCCUCCAGUCUCAGCUCUAUUCGCUCUUCUUCCUCACAAAUGAUUAAUUCUGCCCCUUCUAGUGCGAGAGGGUCUCCCUGUCUGUCAGAGAAGAACAAGAAUUCCCGUGAUCUGCCGAUGCCGCUUCCUUCCUACAGAGAGAGACCUACUGCUAUUUACUAUGGCAACAAUGAGAAUGCACAGAUCAACAAUCUUCAGCGCUCUGUACUUCAACACCACAGUCCCUGGACUAAUUCCACAGGCCUUACUGAACAAGGUCAGUUCUUACAUUUUGAUACAAUUCAGCAGCAGAUGAAUGAUCCUCCACCACCUUUGCCUGUACGCCCUCUUAGAAAGUCCCCUCUGCAGCCUAUUCCAGGCUCCCCCACCAGUCCUGUGUCCGUUUUAGGUGGCAGCAACUCCACGCUUUCAGGCAGUGCCAGUAGUGGUGUCUCAUCUCUCAGUGAGAGCAUGCACAGUCAAACUGAAAUGCCAAGCUGUAAUGAAAAUGCCCUUAUGAACCGCCAUGACAAUCCAAUCGAUGCUGCUCCUGUUCCCUACUGGGGCCAAGUUGAUCACCUCAGCUCCCAGCACCUGCAUGUGCAGUUCAGCACAGCCCCUGAGCAUGUGCACUUCCCCUCUAUACCUGAGCAUGCUCAAUACAGUCAGGGCCACUUCAGCAUCCACAGUGCAGACAGUGAGCCAAUGGAGUCCCAGCAGCUGUGCCUUUUGCGUUUUCAUAUCAAUCACCACCAUCAUGGUUCCUUACGGCAAGCUGGAACUGCACCACCUAAAACUGGGCUGAGAGAUGAGGAAGGGGCAGGACCACAUCCGGUGCCACUACCCCGCAGAAUAUUUCCUCCUUACCGCACCACCUGGGAACAGGGCAUCAGAGAAGAGCAAGAAGAAAAUGCAGGAUGAGGAGAAGCUUAGAGGAAAGAAGGGGAUUGGAGUGGAAGGAAAUUAAUCAAUACUGUGGCCUUCAUCUAAUGUUAAGAUGAAGUGAAUGUGUUGGUACUUCACUCUGGUGUCACAAGACUCUGUUUCGCUGUUUCAUUCACAUAGUUGACAAAAGAACUUCUUUUAGACCAGGAGCUGCCUCACACUAAGGACUAGGGAACAUAUGACCUUGCUUCAGCUUGCAGAACAUGCUUACAAAUCAUAUUCUAGUGUCCAAAAUGUUUGUGAGCAUGUUUUGUACUAUUUUAAAAGAAAAACUAUAUUUUGUGAGAAUGUGAAAAAUAUACUAUGGGCAAUCCCUGUAGCGUCCCUGUUUUGUGUGGUCUUGAGUCUUCUGAAGGGGCAAACAGGAGACUUCCUACUCAAGUGCAAUGCUUUAAAAGGGUUACACACUCAGUUUAACUGUAUAAAUGUUUUCUCAGCAGAUGUAUAUUAUAGACAUUGUUCAAUUCUGAAAGUUUUCUUUUAAUUUCUUAGAAUACUAUGUAUAAUGAGGUCACAAAUACAAAUGGAAACCAUGACAUCAAGAUUUUUCUCAGCAAUGGGCUCAAAAAACAUUUAUUUUACCUUUCAUGGUUCUGAUGGUCAUUUAUCAAAUGAAUCAGGUAGGAGCAGCCCUCGGAUGAGUGCCCUCUAGCAGGCACAAUUGGCUAAUGCCAGCAGCAGACAAAAUUGGCUUCCAGUCUGCUGGGUAGGAAAGAUCGGACUAAGGGGUGGGGUUAUCAACACUGUGUAAGGACCGUGGUUGCCCAGGGCGCCUGUACAGAAAGUGGAGGAGUGCAGAGAUUAGGGCGUGGCUCUCCGUACACAAAGCGACCUCACGCACAAAUCCACCGAAGUAUGGGUAAAUAAGGAGACAUUGGUGGACUGUGCACACAUCGGAGGGAGUGUGUGUCAGGCAAAUAUACACCCUCCUUGGAUCCCAGCAGUGGAUUGGCUAUGCUAAAUUGGGAGAAAAUGGGGUUAAAAUGCAUAAAACAAUAAUUAAAAAAAUGCCUAAAAAAAGUUCCAGAGAAGGACCACACCUUCCCAUAUACUGUUCUUUAAUUCCUGGUUUAAAGGUUUGUGACCACCUACUGUAUGUGUCUUUCCUACAAAAGGGUUUGUAAAACAUUUGGAAUCAGACUUCUGAAUAAAGAGGCUUUUUAAAUACAUUGUCUAA